GCAGGUUGAGCAAGUGUUUUCCUAUAAAAGAGUAGAGUUUCCCAUGGGAAAAUUCCCAUAGUCUUCCAUUUUAGCUACAACUCAGCUAAUGGUGGGCCUUUGCAGGAUGACUAAAUUCUAGGAACAAAAUAAAAUGAGAAUUUAGAAUCCAGAUUCCUCAUUCUAUCUCUUUUGUGAAAUUAGAAACCAAGGAUUACCUUAGAAACAAGGACUCACCUCAGAGUCAAGUAGCAUAAGGUAGAUAACAUUUUCAUUUGUGGAAAGAUGUUCUUUUAGAUGGCAGGUAUCACAAAGCAGACUCUUUUUUUUUUUUUUGGAAAGGAUUUAUAAUGGUGUUGACUAGGCAGAAAAACAUUUAUAUACAUAAAAUCUUGCAUAUAUUUAAGAAAAGUUCCUUUGAUGGGAGUAAACUAUUCUCAUACGUACAGACCUUUUCCUAUGGUGAAAAUUAGCAAAUCAUAUAUUAAUGUUGAUGAACAGGGAAAAAUUUGAUGGAAAUAAAUUUAUUCACCUCUGUUUUGCUUGUAAGCACCCUGCCAAAGUUAUAGGAGUAAAGUAUGGGAAGAUGAGAGUAGGAUGGGAAUGUAAGAAAUGAUCAGUGAUUGUUUUCUGAAAGUAUCAAUAGCAUUUUCCAAAUCUUAGUCCUAUAUUCUGUUUUAAUCUUUUUUUCUUCUGUCUAAUAGGCACUCUUUCCAAGACAGAUGUCUGGCAAUAACUGCACUGCUGUGAAUGAAUUCAUUAUUUUGGGAUUAACAGAUGAUCCAACUCUUCAUGUCAUCCUUUUUGUGAUACUUCUAGGUAUAUAUGCUGUCACACUAGUUGGUAACUUUAUCAUAAUAAUAUUAAUCCAGAAAAGCUCAAAACUUCACACUCCAAUGUAUCUAUUCCUCAGCCACUUGGCUUUUGUAGAUGCUGCAUAUUCCUCCUCUGUCACAUCUGUUAUGCUCAAGAACUUCCUUAAGGACAAAUGCACCAUCCCUCUGGGAGGCUGUGUGGCCCAAUUGCUUUGUGGAUGCACCUUUGGGACAGUUGAGUGCUUCCUGCUGGCUGUGAUGGCUUAUGAUCAGUAUGUGGCCAUUUGUAUCCCCCUACUCUACUCCACCAACAUGUUUUCAAUCACCUGUCCUUUGCUAGUUAUUUCUUCUUACCUAGGUGGUUGUAUGAAUACUUGGAUUGCUAGUGGUUGCUUAUUGAAUCAAUCUUUCUAUGGACCCAAUAAGAUUAAUCAUUUUUCCUGUGUACCAGUUUUAGAACUUUUCUCCUACCAGCAUGAUCUUCCUGAAAUUCUUCCUGCUGCAUCUACUGGGUCAGUAAUUCUGAUCACAGUGUUAAUUAUCAUAAUCUCUUAUGUAUAUAUUCUCUUCUCUGUCCUGAAGAUUAGCCCCAUUGAUGGGAGAUCCAAAGCUUUCUCCACUUGCACCUCCCACCUCACAGCAGUCACUCUCUUCUAUGGCACCCUUACAUUUAUUUAUGUGAUGCCUAAAUCCAGGUAUUCAACAGAUGAUAAUAAAGUGGUGUCUGUUUUUUACAUUGUAAUGAUCCCCAUGUUGAACCCUCUCAUCUACAGUCUGAGGAACAAUGAAGUAAAAGGAGCCCUGAGAAAACUGAUGAGUAGGAAACACCUUUUUUCAUGAAUGCAACUUCAUACAAGAUUUAUUUGUACCCCAAAGAGAUAAUGGACAAAAAGACUUGUACAAAAAUAUUCAUAGCUGCGCUCUUUGUAGUGGCCCAAAACUGGAAAACGAGGGGAUGCCCAUCAAUUGGGGAAUGGCUGAACAAACUGUGGUAUAUGUUGGUGAUGGAAUACUAUUGUGCUAAAAGGAAUAAUAAAGUGGAGGAGUUCCAUGGAGACUGGAACAACCUCCAGGAAGUGAUGCAGAGUGAGAGGAGCAGAACCAGGAGAACAUUGCACACAGAGACUAAUACACUGUGGUAUAAUCGAACGUAAUGGACUUCUCCAUUAGUGGCGGUGGAAUGUCCCUGAACAACUUGCAGGGAUCCAGGAGAAAAAAAACACCAUUCAUAAGCAAAGGAUAAACUAUGGGAGUGGAAACACCGAGAAAAAGCAACUGCCUGAAUACAGAGGUUGAGGGGACAUGACAGAGGAUAGACUCUAAAUGAACACUCUAAUGCAAAUACUAUCAACAAAGCAAUGGGUUCAAAUCAAGAAAACAUCUAAUGCCCAGUGGACUUACGCGUCGGCUAUGGGGGGUGGGAGGGAGGAAAAGAAAAUGAUCUAUGUCUUUAACGAAUAAUGCUUGGAAAUGAUCAAAUAAAAUAUAUUUUAAAAAAAAGUUUUAUUGAGAACAUACUAAGUUUCAGGCACUGGUUUAG